GUCAAACUGCAUUCUACUUAGCUGAAUUCGAAGAAAAGAGAGAAACGAAGAUAAGAAGGAAAAAGAUGGAGGAAUGGGGCCUGAACCGACGCGUCAUGCCGCGUGACAGCGCCACGGUUUGGCUCCAUCGCGGCUGGGCUCGAACCAAAGCGUCGAGGGCUUCGAUUCUCUUCCCCGCAACGGAUGAUGCCGUCUUGAAUCAUCUCGAUCAUCUCGAUCCCCCAUCAUGGUCUUUCGUAUAAUAUUAUUGUUCUUUUGACCGUCUCCUUGCUGAGUGUCGGAUGGUAUCUCCCAUGAUGGCAACCACCACCUCCUCAGCUUCUGCCUCGAGCACUCAUCGGGCGACUCCUCAAGGAGGAAUCCUCGAGGGAGGCAAUCCGUCUGAAUAUGACCCCAAAAACCCCAUUAUCAUCUUCAUCAUUCAGGCUGGUAUUAUUAUCAUCAUGUGUCGCCUGCUUCAUUGGCCCCUCUCCAAAAUCCGCCAGCCCCGUGUUAUCGCAGAGGUGAUCGGAGGCAUCGUUCUAGGGCCUUCGGUUAUGGGUCGGAUUCCAGGCUUUACGGAUGCUAUUUUCCCGCCAGCAUCAAUCCCGAAUCUGACUCUGGUCGCCAACUUAGGUCUUGUCUUGUUCCUGUUUCUCGUUGGUCUGGAGACGGACCUUCGAUUCCUCGUCAGCAACUGGCGGGUGGCCCUCAGUGUGUCUGCAGCGGGCAUGAUCCUUCCUUUCGGACUUGGGUCGGCCAUCUCUUACGGUCUGUAUCAUAACUUUCGGGAUGAUCCUGGUCUUGUCCACAUUGAUUUUGGGACCUACCUUCUCUUCAUUGGUAUUGCUAUGGCUAUUACGGCUUUCCCGGUUCUGUGCCGUAUUCUAACCGAAUUGGAGCUUCUCGGCACCAACGUGGGUGUGAUUGUGCUGUCGGCUGGCGUUGGAAACGACAUUGUCGGUUGGAUUCUGCUCGCGCUCUGUGUCGCUCUUGUCAACGCUGGUAGCGGACUUACAGCCCUCUGGGUGUUGCUGGUCUGUGUCGGAUAUACCCUCUUUCUUGCCUACGCUUUCCGCCCCCUGUUCAUUCGGUUCCUGGAACGGACUGGCAGUCUGCAGAAGGGUCCUAGUCAGUCAGUCGUCACUUUUACAUUGUUUAUUGCGCUGGCCUCUGCCUUUUUCACGCAGAUCAUCGGUAUCCAUGCUAUUUUUGGGGGGUUCAUUAUCGGCUUGAUAUGCCCCCACGAGGGAGGCUUUGCGAUCAAGCUUACUGAGAAGAUCGAGGAUCUUGUCGCAGCCCUCUUUCUACCAUUAUAUUUCACCUUAUCUGGUCUGAGUACCGACCUAGGGUUGCUCGACACGGGCACUGUUUGGGGAUAUGUCAUUGGGAUUAUCGCCAUUGCGUUUUUGGCAAAGGUGGCUGGUGGUGCAGUUGCAUCUCGUUUGUGCGGUCUUCUUUGGCGUGAAAGCUUCUCAAUUGGUGUUCUGAUGAGUUGUAAAGGUCUGGUUGAACUCAUUGUGUUGAACAUUGGUCUACAUGCCAAUAUCCUCAGCACUCGGACUUUCACUAUGUUCGUGGUAAUGGCGCUGGUAACUACAUUCGCCACCACGCCGCUGACCACCGCUCUGUACCCGAAGUGGUAUCAAACCAAGGUGGAAAAAUGGCGACGCGGUGAGAUCGAUUGGGAUGGACACCAACAACAGCCGGAGGGGCGCGCGGACAGCGUCGCCAUCGCCAAAAAUCAUCUGAAAUCGAUCCCUGUCCGCAAGCUCCUCGUUUAUCUACGCUUAGAUGGUCUCUCCGGGAUCUGUACACUGGCAGCCCUUCUUGGGCCGAGUCGCACCGCUAACCCUCCGGCCCCAAAAGUCCAUCCAGCGAAGAUAAAUGCGAUGCAGUCAGGGGAGCAACCAGUAGAGGAUCCAGUUGCAACCAACGAGCUCGAAGAACAUCAACAGCUUCAGGUGCAUGGCGUCCGUUUGAUGGAGCUUACCGAUCGUGAUUCUAGUGUUAUGAAAGUCUCGGAGAUUGACAACUACACUCUCUGGGAUCCCGUCGUUAACACUUUCCGCGCAUUCGGCGAGUGGCAUGAUAUUUCCAUCAUGGCCGGAGUCUCUGUGGUCCCAGAAUACUCUUAUGCAGAUACCUUUGUGGGCAUGACCCGUGAUGAUGGCACAGAUCUACUUUUGAUUCCAUGGAGUGAGACCGGGGCUAUGAGUGACCAGCAGACCGGCUUUGGAGUUGAUGGAGCUCAUCGAUUUUCGAAUGGACCUUUUACUGAAUUCGUAUCCGACAUCCUAUCCCGUGUCUCCAGCAACAUGGGUGUAUUUAUUGAAAGAAGCGUGUUCCAAAAAUCCGAUGGAAAGAGCCGUCUCCAGGCAAAAAGGUCGGUAAGUGCAAUGAGUAGCCGGAGCUCCAUCUGGAACAGCUCGUCGGCAGUUGCUCGUUCUCAUCACCUCGUCCUUCCUUUCUUCGGUGGAGCAGAUGACCGGUUCGCACUGCGGUUUGUCCUCCAACUCGCACAGAAUGACCAGGUCACAGCGACAAUUAUCCAAGUGGAUGUUCCAACAUCACAAACAUCGAAAUCCCCUGAUCAGACUGUUGUGUCUACUGUUAAUGCAACAACCGCGGAAUCCAGCCGCUCCACCAGAUCUGGCCAAGAUCAAAUAUCAGAUUCUGUCUUUGUCGCAACACUCCGCGACUCCCUACCAACCGAGCUCUCGGAAAGAGUCAUCUUCCAACGAAUUUCCGUCACCGAAGAUGGCACAGAUCCAGUCCAGGCUGUUGUAACCGCCGCCAAGGAGGAAAUGGACCAAACAUCACAUAAAGCAGGCAACAUUGUGGUGGUGGGACGUCACAACAAUCGGGUUGACCAAAAGCCAGAACUCAACCCCUCAUUACAGGAAGAAAUCGGAAUCGAUACCCAUAGUGCCAUCGGGACCGUUGGACAAGCCAUGGUUCGCAGUGAGAACAAGGUUAUUAGUAGUGUCCUUGUACUGCAGGCAGGCAUAAGUCACAGUAGCUUAUAGCUUGCUUUGGUAUACGGGAAGAUGUAUCCAAAUUGUAGAUAUUCUUGGUCUGAUAUUUCCUUGUUUCUUGGAUUAAUACAACAGCCAACUACUUUGUAACUUAAGACCUUGUCUGGGUGUCACUUCUGUGUAAGCAAUAAAAAUAGAAAUGUAUACAUACAUUCGAAGCC